CCACUUCAAGAAUUUUCUUUUGCGGCCCCUACUAUCGGUCUCCGUCGCAGAAGCUUCUUUGUUUUUUCGUAAGGAUUCCUCAGAAAAUCCAGGAAACUUAUCGCGCGUUUGAAAUUCACUCUCACAUACAUGUGGAAUGGGGCAACAGCAAUCGAAAGACGAAUUGUUGUACCAGCAAGUUAGCUAUGGCAACUCAGAAGGGAUUAAAGCCCUUCACCGAGAGGGUGCAGGCCUUGAGUGGAUCGAUAAGGAAGCGAAAACCCCCUUGAUUUUGGCCUGCAUGAGUCCUGAGCUUCACAACGUCGCGAGAACUUUGAUAGAACUUGGUGCUAACGUUAACGCGUAUCGGCCUGGUCGUCAUGCUGGCACUCCUUUGCACCAUGCAGCUAAAAGAGGCCUUGACAACAAUGUCACUUUACUUCUUUCUCAUGGAGCAAAUCCUUUGAUCAUGAAUGAUGAUUGUCAGAGUCCUCUUGAUGUUGCUAGAGCAAAAGGUCAUAGCAAUGUCGUUCGUACGAUCGAGAGUCAUAUUUGUUUGUUUUCGGGUUGGUUGCGGGAGUUCUAUGGACCGGGAUUUUUGGAACUACUGGCUCCUCAACUAGUUUCAAAGAAAGUCUGGGCUGUUAUUUUACCAUGUGGGACGCGAAGUCUUACAAAGCCUUUCAAGUUGGAGCUUGCAAUCUACACCACUCUUCAGGAUGCUCAACCACGUAUUGUUGUUCGACUAUGGAGAGCCGAUUUGGAGGAGACGAAGUUACAGAAUUCUGAUCCAUCAGUUAUGAUUGUGGAUAACACCACAAAAACUCGCUUGAAACUUGCAUCUGGGAAUGAAAAUGACAAAGAACAACUUCAGUGGUUUUGCAAUGCAUGCAAAGGAAUUCCUUCGAUGAUGCUCCCUCCAUUUAUGAGUGUUAACCAGGAGACGAGCGUUUCGGCAACUGCACCGCCAGACACAGAAGAUGUGGAGGUAGCCAUGGCCAUCAGUGCUUCCAUUCAGUCAGCUAUCCAGGGGAGACCACUCUUUCCUGAACCCAAUCCAAGUUCUGAAGCAAGUACCUCUACUAGCCAUACAGGGCCAGUUGCACCAACACCACAUUCUACGAAAUUCGGCACAAAUGAAUCGGAACUGCACGAAGCUGGCCAGAGCAACAGCAAUUCAAACGAACAUCCCGAAAUCCAGACGAACAGCAUCCCUCCAGAUGCAGUGCCUUCAGCUCCAUUGGCAGGAGAUGAGAUUCUGGACGAUGGUACAAUUCACUAUCCUUCAAUUGAUUCAAGUCCGAUUGACUUGUCAUCUCCAACUGCCCAGACAGUUCCCUUACAAACAGGUGAAGGAAAAGAGGAAACGAGUUCUUCUUCAUGUGUUAUAUGCUUGGAUGCUCCUAUUGAAGGAGCCUGCAUACCCUGUGGACAUAUGGCUGGGUGCAUGAAUUGUUUGACCGAAAUCAAAUCCAAGAAAUGGGGCUGCCCGGUUUGUCGUGCCAAAAUCGACCAAGUUGUCAGAUUAUAUGCUGUAUGAGUCCACUGUGAGUAAACUCUUUAAAUGUGCAGUUCCUGUUGUUUUAUAUAUUUUGCAACAUAUAUAAACCAAUGUGUUCUAUCUGAUUGUGUGGACACAAUAGAGGUAAUGUAAUUUGAAUACAAUUCUAUCAACAUCCCUUAGUUUUUUCGUCUGGCAA